UCAGAAAAAUUUGUCGCCAUUGUAAAUGCCCACAAAACACACACGAUAUGCAAGGUUCCGGAGCUGAACAGGAGCAGAGUGUUAACAAACUCAUUCACGAUUAUCAGCGCAGCUCAGCGUCAGAUGACGAUAGUGGGUGUGCCUUGGAGGAAUAUACAUGGGUGCCCCCUGGCUUGAAACCAGAACAGGUAUGUUGUUUGAGAUAUAUCAGAUGUAGUAUCAGAAAAGUGCAAAAGGCAGCAUUUGAAGGACAGAAACAAAUAAAAGACCUUAUAAACAUAUCAACACAUAAAACCAACAUACAACCAAAUCAUAUAAAAAUCAUGAAAAAUAUAAAUUUUUGUCAAACACCUUAGAAAUUAUUAUAUACAAUCAGAUGAUGCCAGAUAAUGAAAUCAUAUAUAACGAGAAAUCUAGAAAUAAAUAACCAUGACAACCAUAUUUGUCAUACUUGAAAGUAAAAGUUUGGAUAUUUUGUUUGAGGAUUUUCGUUAUCUAUGAUUAGAUACUUGUCUGUGCUGUGUAUAGAUAAAAUAACCUCGCGAUUCUUUGUAUUUGAAGUUCAAUGUAAAAUGUAAUGUAAAGGUUAAGGUUAAGUAUUCUGUAAACUUGAAAAACAUUUUUGUAUUGCUAAAUGCUGUCACAUCCUGUACUUCACUUAUUAUUCUCAUCCUCUCAGACACAGACACUUACACAAUAGCGUUACUAUGGUAAAUAAAAAAUGCACGUCCAAAAUCUCAAAAAUUGAUCAUAC